AUGCGCAAUGUCGUCAUCCGAAGGCCGGGCCCUGGCUGCCUUCAUCCUCACCAACCCUUGUGUCUCUUGCAGGCAGAUGAGUUUGUUCGAGCCAACGCCUGCAACAAGCUGACUGUCAUUGCUGAGCAGAUCCGGUGCUUGCAGGAGCAGGCUCGGAAGGUCUUGGAAGAUGCUAACAGGGAUGCUGAUCUGCACCACGUGGCCUGCAACUUAGUGAAGAAGCCAGGAAACAUUUACUACUUGUAUAGGAGGGAGAGUGGCCAAAAGUACUUCUCCAUCCUGUCUCCUAAGGAGUGGGGGACAAGCCCUCAUGAGUUUCUUGGUGCCUAUAAGCUCCAGCACGACAUGUCCUGGACGCCUUUUGAGGACAUUGAGCGACGAGAUGCUGAAAUAAACAUCUUGGAUAAACUGCUGAGCCGGCAGGCAGCACUCCCCCCAUGCACAGAGCCCAACUUCCAGGGCCUCACCAAAUGAUGUGAAGUGUGGUGGCUAUACACGACCUGUGAACAGAGCUAAUGCCUGAGGGCAGGCAGUGCCUGAGCGUUGCCAAAGGCAGGGCAAGGAAAGAGACCAAGAAAUGAAAAUGCUGAUGCUGCCAGUACUUGCUCUUUGCUUUAAUAAGACUAAUUCUGAAUUCAGUCUUACUGGAUUUUCUAGUAAUCAAGUAACUUAUUUCUUUGACUUAUGCCAAGCUGUAACAAGAGGCAGAUGAUAUCAGAUGGAGUAAUUUCAGAAGGACUUGGGGCAAAAAGCAAAUAUGCUUGGGGUGGAUUGAUAGUGUUAUAAAAUAUGUCCUACCCAUCUGGCUGUAGCACACCUCACUGGGACUAUGUGUGGCAGGUAGUGAUUUCAGGUCUGGAUUUUGGCCCUUGUUAUAACACACACAUUUAGGAAGCCUGUGGCGUGAGAAGAGUGGUCAAAGUCGCAUGCAAAGAGGUCUGUUGUUCCUUGUUCCCUUUCUAGUGUGCAUUUGUUCAUCUCAGACCACGUAGGGCUCCUCCUGGCCCUUGUCCUGCAGCAGAGAAGGUUUUGGUGCCCGGCUUGAGACCUGAAGAUGGGGAUGCUGCAGCUCUGGGUUCUCCCAGGUCACCCUCAGCUCACCUGCAUCUUGACUGCGCCAGGCUUCUCCUGUUGCAGUGCUGCUAUCAGCCCAGCCCCAUCCUGCUGUGCUUCCCUGUGGCUGGCAGAAAUCUUCUCAGAGUCAGCAUAGGAUUUUGGAAGAAGCUUUUCCCAGCUCACCCUCCCUCACUUAGAGCACUGGGCAAAUUAAAAGCAAUGUGUUGUUAUGAUUAGACCAGGGUAUAAUUAAUUCCUUAUCAAGUCACAAGUGCCUAAUUUGAUAGAGUUUGUUUUUUUUUUCUUUUUUUUUUCCCCUGCAUGUUUUAUCACCCCAGGUCUUAUUUUACUGCAUGUUAUUAAAUCUUAACUUGGAAGGGAGAAAGUUAAUUACUGCAUGGGCUUUGCCAUAGUGCUAAUUACAGCAACAUCAGAGA